AUGUUCAGAAAUAACUAUGACAACGAUUCCGUUACCUUCUCACCACAAGGUCGAAUAUUCCAAGUCGAAUAUGCAUCUGAAGCAGUGAAGCAGGGUAGCGUUGUUGUGGGAAUAGUGAGCAAGACGCAUGCUGUACUCGUUGCAGUGAAGCGCAACGCAGAAGAACUCUCUUCCUACCAAAAAAAGAUCAUUGCCAUCGAUGAGCAUCUCGGUCUCUCCCUCGCCGGUCUGGCAUCUGACGCCCGCGUCCUCUCCAACUUCAUGAAACAGCAAUCCCUCUCCUCGCGCCUGACUUACGGUCGCGCAAUUCCCGUUUCCAGACUCGUAACAUCCAUUGGCGACAGGGCGCAGACCAACACGCAACACUACGGCAAGCGGCCCUACGGCGUGGGUCUGCUCGUCGCUGGCGUUGAUGAGUCUGGACCACAUUUGUUCGAGUUCCAGCCCAGCGGCAUGACGCAGGAGAUGGUAGCAUGUGCGAUUGGGGCAAGAAGUCAGAUGGCAAGGACAUACCUAGAGCGGAAUCUCGAGAAAUUCGCGGAUUGUGGGAAAGAGAAGUUGAUUGCACAUGGCCUGAGGGCAUUGAAGGAGAGUUUGGCGCAGGAUAAGGAGUUGACGGUUGAGAAUUGCAGUGUGGGUGUUGUGGGUGUGAGGGGUGAGGGUAUGACGGCCAUUGAGGGGUUUAAGCUAUUUGAUGGACAAGACGUCCAGCAAUGGCUUAGCCUCGUAACGGAAGGGGCAGAAGAAGGAGAGGGUGAGGGAGAGGGCAUGGAGGUCGAUUCGUAG